AUGUCAGCCGAGGGGACUAGAUUUUCAUUAUAUGAUUCAAAGAAAGUAAACUUGUCUGUUGUGGCUAUAAAAUCUACUGUACUUGGUUUUCUUUUAGCAGUUAAUUGCACUGUGAUAAUACUAGCAUUCUUGAAUGUGAUUUAUGUUCCGUCGACAAUUAUCAAGAUUAACGGAUAUGUCUCUUUUGUUUGCAUUUUUCACUUCCUCGAGUUUAUAACAACUGCAGUAUUUAAUAAUUCGAACGUUGACGAUGAUUCGUUUAUACUAAAUGACUGGGAUUUACAUGCUAUCAAUGUAAUCUCCAUUUUGGAAUUCCUUAUGAAGUCUUGGUUCACAUCGUUUUCAUUCACUAAGAUGGGUUUAGUAUUGAUAUUAUUAUCUCAAAUUAUUAGAACUUUAGCUAUGUGUACUGCUGGGGAAUCUUUCAACCAUUAUAUUCAAAAAGAACGUCAUAAUGAUCACAAGUUAGUGACAAAUGGUAUAUAUAGCAUUAUGAGACAUCCCAGUUACUUUGGGUUCUUCUGGUGGUUCAUAGGCCUACAACUUUAUUUUGGAAAUAUCAUAACUCUAACACUAGGAACCUUCAAGUUGUGGAACUUCUUUAACAAGAGAAUAGAAUUUGAGGAAAAUUAUCUAACGACUUUCUUUGGAAAGGACUACUUAUCUUAUAAAUCACAGACUGGAACAGGAAUACCCUUCAUUACAUGA